AUGCCUGGGUGGCCUAUGGCUGCGACCGCUGACAAAGUGGCUGUCUGCACCGCGCCUCCGCCCGCACUGCGCGACCACGAGCACGGUGGCGCGGAGACCCCCAGGAGGCUACCGGACGCCAGGGCCGCACAGGCGGCGGCGUGGCCCCCCGAGGGCGAGGUGCUGGACAGGCGGUGGGCCCACCCCGAGGAGGGCCUCGCCAUCCAGGUGCUCGCGCGCCACGUCGUGCGCCUCGGGCGCUCCGGCCGCCUGCUCGAGCAGGCGAUCGGGAACGCCUACCGGGCCGCCCCUGGCGGGCGCGACGCCUGGCGCUGCUGGAGCUUCCUGUCCAGGCAAGACGGCCUAACCGCGUACGUGGACGAGAAGAUGCGGCUGCUCGACCUGUACGACAAGUACAAAGCGCCUGGCGCCUCGUUCAGCACGAGGCACGACGACGCUUGCGUGGACGGCCAGAUGACCAUGUCCCAGCUGUACGGACGGAGGUCGCUGCUUCCCAGAGUCGCAGACGAGGAGGCGCGCGAUCAGCUGCCCUUCCCUGGCACCUUGUCGUCCGUCCCGCCCGCGCAAGACGAAG